AGUAUCGCGAUACCUCCUUCAACGUGAGUUUGUUUUCUUUGUUGGAGCGGAAAGGAGCUAAGAAGCUAAUCUGUCGUUUUUACCGCCUCACAGCAGCAGCUCAUCCUUCGUGAAUCAACCUAACAGACGGUGUCUCACCUGCACGAAACAUCUACAGUGAUCACCUGAGUCAUCUCCAUGGCCCUAAGACGAGGACACAUCCGGUACCUGAAGGUGUGUGAGGUGCAGUCGUCUCAGAGUGACAUCAGAGACGGUCAGCACAUCCCGAAAGGAGGAGCUGGAAAGGAGCUGUAUGAUAACGGCUACAGCGAGCAGAUGAUGGAGGACGACGACUCGAAGACGAACCUGAUUGUGAACUACCUGCCGCAGAGCAUGAGUCAGGACGAGCUGCGCAGCCUGUUCAGCAGCGUGGGAGACGUAGAGUCUGCCAAACUGAUCCGAGACAAAGUGGCAGGUAACCCUGACAGCCACAGUUUAGGUUACGGCUUUGUUAACUUUGUUAACGCUAAUGAUGCAGAGAGGGCUAUCAGUACGCUCAAUGGCCUGAGGCUACAGUCUAAAACUAUCAAGGUUUCCUUCGCCCGGCCGAGUUCAGACACGAUUAAAGACGCAAACCUUUACAUCAGCGGGCUGCCGAGGACGCUGAGUCAGCCCGACCUGGAGGACAUGUUCAGCCGCUUCGGACACAUCAUCAACUCCAGGGUGCUCGUGGACCAAGCCUCCGGUUUGUCUCGGGGAGUCGCAUUCAUCCGAUUCGAUAAGAGGUCGGAGGCCGAGGACGCCGUCAAACACCUGAACGGCCACACGCCGCCCGGCACCUCUGAGCCAAUCACAGUCAAGUUCGCUGCCAACCCCAAUCAGGCCAGGAACUCCCAGAUGAUGUCACAGAUGUACCACGGCCAAUCACGGCGCUUCGGAGGGCCGGUGCAUCACCAGCAGCAGAGAUUCAGGUUUUCUCCAAUGAGCGUUGACCACAUGGGUGGCGGAGGAGGCGGAGUCUCGGGCAACCCCUCCGCCGGUUGGUGCAUCUUCAUCUACAACCUGGGCCAGGACGCGGACGAGGCCAUCCUCUGGCAGAUGUUCGGACCUUUCGGCGCCGUCAACAACGUGAAGGUGAUCCGAGAUUUCAACACCAACAAGUGCAAAGGCUUCGGCUUCGUCACCAUGACAAACUACGAGGAGGCGGCCAUGGCCAUCCACAGCCUGAACGGAUACCGGCUGGGAGACAAAGUCCUGCAGGUGUCCUUCAAGACCAGCAAGGGCCAUAAGUAGAGGGGGCUGUAGGGGGUGGGGUUGGAGAGAGGGGCGGGGCUUGGUGAGAGGGAGGGGCUAAAUCCUACAGAGAGAGGAGGAGGAGGAAUUUAGUCCUGCAGAGAGAGGGGUGUGGCUAAUUCCUGCAGAGAGAAGGGUGGAGCUUAGUCCUGCAGAGAGUGAAGGGUGUGGCUAAUUCCUGCAGAGAGAAGGGGGGGGAGCUUAGUCCUGCAGAGAGAGAUGGGGUGGGGCUAAAUCCUGCCGAGAGAGGAGGAGGAGCUUAGUCCUGCAGAGAGAGAUGGGGUGGGGCUAAAUCCUGCAGAGAGAUGGGGAGGGGCUAAAUCCUGCAGAGAGAAGAGGAGGAGCUUAGUCCUGCAGAGAGAGAUGGGGUGGGGCUAAAUCCUGCAGAGAGAAGAGGAGGAGCUUAGUCCUGCAGAGAGAGAUGGGGUGGGGCUAAAUCCUGCAGAGAGAAGGGGAGGAGCUUAGUCCUGCAGAGAGAGAGAUGGGGUGGGGCUAAAUCCUGCAGAGAGAAGAGGAGGAGCUUAGUCCUGCAGAGAGAGAUGGGGUGGGGCUAAAUCCUGCAGAGAGAAGGGGAGGAGCUUAGUCCUGCAGAGAGAGAUGGGGUGGGGCUAAAUCCUGCAGAGAGAGAUGGGGUGGGGCUAAAUCCUGCAGAGAGAAGGGGAGGAGCUUAGUCCUGCAGAGAGAGAGAUGGGGUGGGGCUAAAUCCUGCAGAGAGAAGAGGAGGAGCUUAGUCCUGCAGAGAGAGAUGGGGUGGGGCUAAAUCCUGCAGAGAGAAGGGGAGGAGCUUAGUCCUGCAGAGAGAGAUGGGGUGGGGCUAAAUCCUGCAGAGAGAAGGGGAGGAGCUUAGUCCUGCAGAGAGAGAUGGGGUGGGGCUAAAUCCUGCAGAGAGAAGGGGAGGAGCUUAGUCCUGCAGAGAGAGAUGGGGUGGGGCUAAAUCCUGCAGAGAGAAGGGGAGGAGCUUAGUCCUGCAGAGAGUUAGUAAAAAAAGAAGUAUGUGAAAAAUAUUUAGUUUUUCAGUUGAGCCAAAUGUUUCUUUGUCUAAAUGUGAAUACAAGUUUUGUUUUUUCCCAGCAUGCCCAGUUGAAAAUAUUUCAGACUUUUCUUUCUUUUCUUUUUUUUUACAUUUGAAGUGAAGCAGUCAGUCAUUUAGUUUUGAUGUAAACACACUGAGGUUGUCCUCUCUUUGAAAAGAAAACAGCUAUAUAUAAAUAUAUGAUUAUAGCUGAAUGUCAGUUUAAGUCGCUCACAGAUUUUAUUUCAUAUUUUUAUAAAUGGCUCUCGGGUAAAAACCCACCUGAUGUUCAGACGCCAUUUUUACCUGUAUUUUUGUUUUUAUUUUUAAUUUGUAUUCUGCUGUUGGAUUGCAGCUCUGUGAUGUUGGACUGUUUAUUCAAUAAAAAAAUCUGCUUAUGCAAAAACAA